AGAACCACGAAAAGGAAAAGCGAUGACAAUGAUCUAGGCAGGCACACUAUACAAUUAGCGUCUAAAAGAACCACGACGAGCCUAAACGGACCGAUCACGAGUCUCUCGACGGUGAAUAAGCCACGACUUCAGUCUCCUUCUACGCCAACGUGGCACCUCCUAUACCAUACACGUGUCAUCAUCUCCAUUCCCCUCGAAAGCUCGAGCUCAUUAGUCAUCUUUUUAAUUAAUUGUCGAUCUUUCGCUAUAAAUACCAACUCAGUCACUAUUCCUUCUAUUGUCUGUAACACAGUAACUUAUGGCGUGCAUAGACACACUCUCUCUCCCAUUUGCUUGACUUUUGUGGUCAGUGAGAGAAUCAUAAAUAGUCACACGUAUAUAUAACCACCGCCGGAGAAGAUGGGAAGAGCGCCGUGUUGCGAGAAGGUCGGGAUAAAGAGAGGGCGGUGGACAGCGGAGGAAGACCAGAUUCUCUCCAGCUACAUUCAAUCCAAUGGCGAAGGCUCUUGGAGAUCUCUCCCCAAAAAUGCCGGAUUAAAAAGGUGUGGAAAGAGCUGUAGAUUGAGAUGGGUUAAUUAUCUUAGAUCUGACCUCAGGCGUGGGAACAUAACUCCAGAAGAAGAAGAACUCGUUGUCAAAAUGCAUUCCACUUUGGGAAACAGGUGGUCACUGAUUGCGAGUCAUCUACCCGGGAGAACAGACAACGAAAUAAAAAAUUAUUGGAACUCUCAUCUCAGCCGUAAACUCCACUACAUCAGAAAGUCUCACGACGUCCCCGCCGUAAUCAUGAACGCUCCUCCGACGUCACAACGUCUGCCGGAGAAACGGAGACUAGGGAGAACCAGCAGAUCCGCCAUGAAACCCAAAACUCACAAACCAAAAACUAGAAAAACUAAGAAAACGUCUGCAUCGCCAGAGCUAGACUCCAACGUAGUAGUUAACGCGGUGGUGGGAGAAGAGGCAUUAAUGAUAGAGUUAAGUGGAGCCGAGGCUGACCUAGGACCACGUGAUGACUACUACUAUGGAGCGUGUCACGAAAGAGGAGAUUGUUGCAAUACUAAUAAUAAUAAUAAUAAUAAUCUCAUGAGCAUUAAUGGUGACAAUGGAGUUUUGUCCUUUGAUGAACAUGACAUCAUUGAUCUUUUGUUGGACGAGUCAGAUCCAGGCAACGUGUUUACAUCGAGUGUUGGUGAUGGGGAGUUGAGUCCUUUAGGAGACUCUACGUUAGCCAGAGGGUCAUCAGAGACUUCAAACCUAGGUUACCUCGACUGUCUUCAGCCUUGUCGGUCGGUGGAGUCGUUUCUCAACUACGAGCAUCAAGUUAACGAUGCAUUGACGGAUGAGUUUAUUGAUUGGGAAUGUGUUUGGCAAGAAGGUAAUAAGAGCAAUAAACUUUGCGAUGAGAAAGAGGCUUCUGAUCCAGUAAUGUCGUGGCUUUUGAACGGUGACGAUGAGGCCACGAUCGGGCAAACUAACUGCGAAAAAUUUGGGGAACCGUUGGAUCAUGACGAGGAAAAUGCGUUGGUUGCUUGGCUUCUGUCUUGAAGAUGUUAAUGAUUUGUGUUAAGUUUGUAGUCUUUCGUGCAACUACAGUUUGGAGUCCACUCCAUGUGGUGUCAUCUCAACUUGUGCGCGUAUGCCUUCUGGUAUGCUUAUUGCAAUAAAACGGGUUUUGAAAGAUCAAAAUAACAUAUCAUCGUUUCUAAAGGAAAACCUAUAUAUUUUCCCGUCCGACUUAUUACCAUUUUUUAUGUAAUUUAAUAAAGAGGUACAAGAUGUAUGAGUAGAACCGUUUAAAGUAUAUGAACUAUUAGCAAUUAGGAUGCA